AUGGGAAGAAGACCAGCUAGGUGUUAUAGAUAUUGUAAAAAUAAACCUUAUCCCAAGAGUAGAUAUUGCAGAGGUGUUCCUGAUCCCAAGAUAAGAAUUUAUGACAUGGGAAAAAAAAAAGCAGAUGUAAAUGAAUUUAGUGGAGUUGUACAUUUAGUUUCAUAUGAAUAUGAACAAAUAUCAUCUGAAGCAUUAGAAGCUGCACGUAUUUGUGCAAAUAAAUAUAUGAUAACAAAUUGUGGUAAAGAUAAUUUUCAUUUAAGAAUAAGAGUACAUCCAUUUCAUGUUUUAAGGAUAAAUAAAAUGUUGUCAUGUGCCGGAGCUGAUAGACUUCAAACAGGUAUGAGAGGAGCAUUUGGAAAACCUAAUGGAGUUGUAGCAAGGGUAGAUAUUGGCCAGGUUUUGCUUUCUAUUAGAACAAAAGAAAAUUUUGUUCCCAAAGCAGCUGAAGCUUUAAGGAGAGCAAAAUAUAAAUUUCCUGGAAGGCAGAAAGUUUUUAUUAGUAAUAAAUGGGGAUUUACUAAAUUUUCAAAAGAUGAAUAUCAAGAAUAUAAAAAAAAAGGAAGAAUUAUUUCUGAUGGUGUUAGUUGUAAAUUUAUCAGAGAAAAAGGUCCAUUAGAAAAAAUAUAUAAAGAUAUAAACACAAUCAUAGAAUCAUAA